AUGGCAACCCGCUCCCGGACUUCCUCUCAAGCCCAGUCCCCUUUUGAUCCAAGAGACCUGGGACCCCAACUUCCAACAACCACCCCUAUCAAACUUGGGGAAGUCUCCCUCAAGCGGGUUACCCGCCUCCUCCUUGGCCUUCUCAGCCAAGUCAAGAACAUUGAGCGGAAGCUCAAAGAAGUCAAAGAAACGGGGAUUGAAACCCAAACCAAUGUCAAAAAUAUAUCCCAAACCGUCAAUGUUGUCAAGGAUGGGCUUCAAAGCCUCCAACUCCAUGGGCCAAGAACCCCAGAAGCCAAGCCCCCAGUCGUGGAAGCAACGCCACGCCCCCUACCAAAGACCAAGCCUAUUGGAUUGGCUAGUGGGCCCACCUUCUGGCCCAAGCAAUCAAAAGGGCUCCCCGCCUUUGCCCAACCUGCUCCCCAGAGAGCCAUACCCCUGCAAGUCCCUUCUCCCCUUCCAUCUCCGCGUCUCCAAUCCCCCAUUGGAGCACCUGCCCCUCCCCCUCCGGCUCCAGUUGCUGCCUAUCCUGCCCCGGUCAAAGUAGACCACCCGGAUGCCUAUACAGGCAAGAUUGGGAGUGAAGCCAAACAAUGGCUCACAAGGACAUCAGCAAAAAAAGCUUUUCUACAUAUCACUAUGUAG